ACCUACAAACCAGAAAUCCAUGAAAGUGUUCCAUAUUGAAGUGUGGCUGGGUGUGAACGGAGUCCAGAGAUGCGAUAUUCUAGGAAAAUUCCCUGUCAUAAUGUUCACGAAUCCUGUGUGGGUAGGUGUGAAAAGCGCCCAGCGACACGAGAGGAAGCCCGAGCUUCGAAUGGCUAUGGCGUUCUACACUUUCCGAGCGAGCGUCGGAGAGCCGUCAGGCGCAACGUCGGGUCAGCAGAAACGAAUUCGAGAAUCGAUGCGGAAACCCAGCUCAGGUUUUCGUUACUCUUAUUGUCAUACUGCAGAAGCAUGCGAGUCUGGUUUCACCUGAGUAGGGCACGCUCUCUCCGCUACUUGUGAGCUUCAUUGCAGAGCGAGCGAGCGAGUGAGCAAGAGGGAGAGGGAGAGAGAGAGAGAGAGAGAGAGAGAGAACAUCAACGGCGCGGUUAGGGAGAAGCCCAAGAGAUAAUUGUGCACGGUGGUGAUGGAUGGCAGUGCGGAGAGGCAACGCGUGGCCUGGUGCCAGCAGCCGUUUCACUCAAGCUACAUCAAGCUCAAGGAUGUGGGCUUGAGUAACGCGGUUUCAAUUGCCCCGCCCAUGGAAGAGCCACAGUGCAAGCCGGUGCUGAGGAGCGGAAGAUUCGUGUUGGGUUGCAAGCAUUUUGCUGAAACGGAUAUUAGAUCGAAGGCCCAUGGGGCGUGUGAGUUUUGCGUCGGUGCAAAGUUGAUUGAACAGGCGUCACGUAGCAAUGAAGCCGUCUCGUUUCUCGACAUUGAUAAGCUGCUACGCAAUUAUCACGCGGGUCGCGAAGAAAUGGCUGAAACACUCCACCAACACGAGGCAAACAACAUGGAGACGUGGAUCUUGAGGAUGAGGACACCAGACACACCCCAAAACUAAAUCACACAGCGGCAUCUUUCUCUGCUCACUAGAGUGAAAUUGCAAAACGAGUGCCCCAGCGAUUGCAGAACGAUGUCGCAUGUUUUGACUACAAAACAAAAGCUCUUGAUGCCCAGAAACAUGCAGCGCUGCUGGCACCGCGACGCACUAGUAGACUCUGGCGACUCGCGCAAGCAAGUAACACGUGUUGUCACCAGCAUUUAGGGUUUAGGGUUUAUACUUAUUCGUGUACAAUGGGUAUUAGUGCAAAUUUGUGUUGUUGAGUGCACAAACAUUACCUAUUAAAUGAAUUCUUUUUUUAAGAGAAUAUAUUUUUACACAAAAAAUAAAACAUGAUUGGUCUUCAUUUUGUAUUUAUAUUACUUAUUGGUUUGUUAGAAGUUAAUUUGGGUGUAACUUUACAACUUGUGGUUUUGACACAAAUGGCUAA